AUGGACGAAGCGAACCUGCCGGCGGCUGCAGACUCAGGGCAGACCCCAGUGGGCCCUGUCCCUGUGGCCGCUUCGGGCCCCUGUGGGGACGGUUACGGUGCAGUUGGAGCCCCACACAACGGGCCAGGAGUCUCCGGCGAGCCAGCACGCGGCUCUUUUCCUUCUCCCGCACAAGGGAAAGGCGACACAGGCCGUGGGGUCUCAGUGGGUGCUGUCGACUCUGUGGAGAUUGGGCGAGAAACGGAGGCACUACGUGGGUCUGGACGGAAGCAAACGAGGUGUAGACCCGCUCUCUUGGCGUCUCAUACCGAAGAUCUGAACACUGUCGACGCGAGUUCCUCCUCUCCUUCAAUGCCUGCCUCUCUUGAGAAUUCGGGGGGUGUCCAUACACCUCAGGAGGGGAGCCGUGAGUCUCCAGGGUCCUCAGGGGGUUUUAGAGGAGCGCACAGCCAUGCCCGACCGGGCACACUCCCGUGUGAGGAAGAGCGGCGCUUUCUCGUCCCUCUUCCCUCUGGCCUUGCUCGCUUUUCUCAUCGUCUGUCUUCGUCAGGACGAAUCCAAGAGGUAAAGACUCAGGCAAGCCUCUAUGCAGGAGCAGACGCCAACGCGCCCUCUCCUUCCUCCGCCGAUGACCUCGAUAGAACUGCUGCGUGCUUUUCGUCUGCCUCCUGUCCUUCGGUCGCUGCUUCGGCCGUUGGGACCGACCACGCUUCUUCCCCAGUCGCCGACGGCCAGCAGAGGCCAGAGUUGGAGGGGAAGGAGCCCGGGGAGGCUGAGGAGAGACAGCUAACGGCGCGAACGGGCCCGACGAGCCUAAAGAGGCGAGAAGCCACCAAGUGCCUGUCUGUUGGGUUCGCUUGGGCCCGCAGCCACCCAUGGGGCCUGGAAGUGCUGUUGACUGAGCAAGCAAGAGAUCGAGCUCUGGAGAGCAGAGAGAAAGGGGAACGACAGAUAGCGACGUCACCUCGAGUCUGUACAAAAGAGUCUCUCUCUGUUUCUCCCGUUGACUGUCCCCGGACACCGAAAGGCGGAAACGAACCAGAAGAGGGAAGGCAAGGGAGGGAAGAAGCCGCGACGACCAAGCAGACCAAACACGAAAGAGAGGAGGGAGACCUUAAAACCAAAGAGAAAGAACAGCGUCACAGAGACAGAACGCAUCUGCAUUCUCUCGUCCACGUCGAUGCCACUUCCUCAUUUUCUUCCUGCGCGUUGAAAACCCUCCCCUUCUUGCCAGGUGUCUCCGCAGUCUUCCAGUGUCUCCCCCGCGAAGAGAACGCGUCGUGGCUUCCGCCGUGCAGAGCUUUUGGCGACCAGUGGGAGGCUGCUGUCAAUCCCGAUUUUUGUCAGCUCGCCCCUUGUUGCGCGGCAACUUCUUUCGUAAGCAGAGCGACGCUGGAGAAAGAGCCAGGGAAUCCUCAUCCCUCCUCGCCUUCGGUCUCUGCGCACUGUCCGUCGCAGCACGCGAGAGGCACGGACAGCAAGCAGGGCGUCCAGGAGACGAAACGGUCGAGCGAAAAAGCUGAUUCUCUUGCGGCCGAAAAGACGCGGGCUUCUCGUGACGCUUCUGUUUCGCGUUCUCUUGCGAGUAGCGCGUCGUCGCGCUCUUCGCCUGCGGCGCCCUCUUCUGGCCGCACCACCCGCCGAGUCGCCAGACCCGCCACAGUUCCGUCCUUUUCUUCGUGGCCGUGUUGCGUUCGCCGCAUUCGCUUCUUCCUCCCCGAGCACCUGGCUCUGCAAGACCUUUUGCCGUCGCUACAACCCUCGAGCGCGGCGCUGGGUGCGGCGUCUCCACUGUCUCCGCACCUGGAGUGUCUCGAGAAGACGCGCAAGGCGGCGGGCAGCGACGGCGCCUCGGGCGGCCACAAGGACGCCGAAGGCGCCGGAGUCAAAGUCCACAACCAGCUGCUGCUCGCGUACGUCGUUGCGGAUGGCCGGAGCUUCGCGGGCAUGGGGUACGUCCCGGCUCUGUGCACGUGCCCCGGCAAGAACUACUUCAGGCCCUGGCUGCUGCAGAGACACCGGGCGCUGGAGCGGGAGAGGCAGUGGAGACACUCGGAGCAGGCCCAGCGCGAGGCCGGCCACGUCCCCAAAACGCGAACGAGCGCGCGGGGAGAAGGAGCGAAGAAGACCCCAGCGAAAAAAGGAGAGGGGGGGGAACGGCCAGAAGAACGUGGAGAGGAGCACGAGACGGCCCAAGACUCCCGAAAGGAAGAUCCAGACGGCGCGGAGAAGCCAGUUCCGGGAAAGCACAAGGGACAUGCGGAAGACACGAAAGAGCAUCCACAUGCGCCGGACCAGAGCCGCGGCCUGAAUGCCGUCGGUCCUUCGGCGCGCCCUUCAAGGCCCCUGAGCUCGCAGGCGCCUGCGCUUCCUUCCGCGUGCCCGAGUUGUCAGGGUCUUUUGUUCGUCCCGUACUCUCUGAUUGAAGUCCCUCUCGUUCGCGGCGUUGAGAGCCUCUCGACACUCGCGGAGAGUGUGGCGUUUCCCUCGAAGACUGAACUUUUUUCCGGUUCCCUGCGCCACACAGCCGUCGUGGUGUGCACGAACGAGACGCACGAGCGGCUCUGCUGGCGAGCUCUGAAGCAGGCGAACCUGCAUCGGUCGUCGGUCGUCUUCGACGUCGACGCCAGGGGUUUCGUGCCUUUCCACAGCGGCCGAGAGGGCCCCGAAACCACGGAGACGCGCGAAACUGGGCGAAACACCUUGUCGAAGGAACAGGUACAGCUGAACGAGCACCUCGCGGAACUGCAGCACGUCGGCGAGGAAGCGUCGACGUCUUCCGCCGCGCUGUUCGUGGACGACGGAGAGCAGGCAACGAAGGCCGAGAAGAAGGGGGAGGCGAGAGAGAAGGGAAGCGAGAACGCAGAGAGCAGCGACAACGCGCAGGAGGGUUCGGGCGACCUCGAAGACGCGCUAGCUUCCGCUGUUUUCGCCCAAGAGAAGACGGAGGGCAGGGAACGUAUCUCCAGCUUCUCUGCGGAGCGACGGCCACUCGAAGUGACGCUCAGGUGUGUUGGGCGUCUGGGGAAGAAGCAGAGGGAGGCGGAGCGCAAAGUCGGGAGGAGCGAGGCGGAAGGGGCUUCCGGGGCCGGGAAAGACGAAGCGAGUGGACGGCAGACCGCGGCAGGCGACGGCGGAGCAGGGGGCGAGCAGGGAGUUGACGAAAUCGAGUCAUGCGAUGAUGACCCACAGGUGGGACUGGAAGACGCAGAGGACGACCGCCUUCUGCUCCUCCACCUCCUUGCGACGCGCUUGCUCGCGGAAGAAGAGGGCGAACUCCAGGGCGAAGGCGCACCGAGCGGUAGAGAGGGAGCAGAGAGAGCCGCGCGAGAAGAGUCUUCGCUUCACCACAGAGGCGGCAGCUCGUCCGUCUGCACUCCCUCUCGGUCUCGCGCCGAGGCCACCCCCACAGCUGCCGGCACGCGAGGCGCAGCAGCAUCGACAGAGCUUCCGGAUGGAGAAGAGCCACAGGAAACACAGACGUCUUUCAGGGAACAUCCGCAACACAGUCCUUCUCACACCGCACCUUCUGCGUCUCCGUCUCUGCGUGUGGAGAGCACGGGCCAUAGGCGGCGCGCUCGGGAGACGCAUUCGGAGGAGACAGGAACAGCCCUGGAGAGGGCAGGAAAACCGGGUUUUUUGCAAGAGCGCGAGUUGCUGAGUUUGGUGGCCAACCUGCUGUCUCCCGAGAGUGCAGAAGAAGAGCGGAGAGUGAGAAGACGGAAGACGAGAAGAGAGAGACUGGAUGCACAAGGCCGGCGUCCCGUCGCGGGCCUGUGUCGUGCCCCCACGGAUAGUGAGUCUGAGAGAGAAGACGCGGAGAAACGGGAGGUGAAUCCUACAGGGAAAGCGACAAAACCUGAAGCUGGAGGCGGGGAGAAGAGACAGAACCUCGGAUGGAAAAGCUCUGCUGGGACGGGGGACGACCGCAGGCGGUUAGGCUCAGUGUCCUCGGAGCCUCGUGCGGGUAGCACGUCUCCCUGGUCUUCCGGUUCGAGUCCGUCUCUUUCUCCGAAGGCGACGACUGGCCUUUCGCCUCGGUUUCUUCUUUCGCCUUCCCUCGCUUCGCCGUAUUCCCGACUAGGAGGGAGAGAAGAGAGCGAGACGGCGGAAGGCGCGACCAGACGGGAGAAGCGAGGUCUCGACAGAGAGACGCGCAGCAUGCGCGAGUCGUACUGCCGACGCCGGGGCUUGAUAUGGGGUGAAGAACAAGAACAGGAACUCACCCGACUCGAAAAUUUCUUCAGAAACGAUCCACACAUCUCUCAUCUUCUGCUGGCUUCCUCCGCCGUGACGGAGGCGAAUGGGGUGACGGAAAAAACGGAAGAAGAUCGCACAAAGAGACAAAAGACGCGCGGCCCCCUUCCUAUUGUCCCUCCCGGAAUCAGCCGCCAGGUGUGUCCACCGAAACCGCCCCUUUCGUCUUUUUCCGCGAGUGUCGGUGAGGGAGGAAUCCGGCGAGCAGGCGGUCAAGGAGAGUUGGAGACAGCGGAGUUAGCGCACCCCGCUGGAAGCGGCAGCGCAGAUGGUGGAGCCGAGCCUGUUGUGCUCUUGCCUCGCAAGUCUUUCCCCUACGCUCAGCGACCCGCCCAAGGAAGCGCUGUGCCUCUUCCGUCUUUUUCAGUCGACAAGGAAGGUGCAUGCGGAGCGACGCACUCGAGUGUAUGGGAGAAGACUGAGGAGCUUCCCGGCGGGGCAGCGAGUUCAGUGUGUUCUCUGGCUCCCGGACGCGGUCUGAAAGAUGCAUGUGGGUCGGUAUCUCACGCCGACAGCGGUAUGCACAUGUCUUCGGGAGCACGGCGAGAGACGGAGAGAGGCCACGACGCCGGGAGAGGUGUCUCCUUCUACUCGGAAACCGGGAAAAUCACUCUCCUCCCAAACACUCGCCAAAAGACCGAGCAAAGCCCGAUGAGCUUCCAGCACAAAGGGCGAGAACAGGCAGCGCCUCUCGCGCCCCAAAGCGUAGGUCCUUUCGGUGUGAAUACGUACGCUGCGGCGGCGGGAGAAGAGAGGAGACCGCGAGGCACCGAGGGCGAAGAAGAAGCGAAAAAAGAACUGGAGCAACAGAGACAACAGGCAAGGCUCAUGAGGCAACACCCCAACCCGAAUCUAAGAAACUUCUGA